ACUAACUCUAGUGUUUUGACAGGUAAACAUGCUGAGGGAAAGGAACAAAUCCUAUGGAACUAUAAAUUUUGUUGACAUCAGCUCGAAAGAUUACUCCCCGGAGGACAACCAGGGUCUCGAUUAUGAAACUGCCAUGGGGAGGAUACAUGCCAUUGUUUCAGAUGGAACUAUCGUCACAGAUGUUGAGGCAUUUAGACGGCUUUACGAGGAAGUGGGACUUGGAUGGGUUUAUGCAGUUACUAAGUAUGAACCUGUGGCUACCAUAGCAAAUGCAGUAUAUGGCGUAUGGGCCAAAUACCGCAUGGAAGUUACAGGCCGUCCUCCACUGGAGGAAGUUUUUGCAGCUCGGAGACAAGCGGGCGAAUGUAAAGAUGAUAAAUCAUGCAAGAUGUGAGCAGCAAAUCGCCCAUCUUCUCCACUCUACAUAUUCUUACUUCAGCACAUGUUUAGAUAGACACACAUACAUAGCUAGUCUUACGUCCAAAUGAUUCCGAGAUUGAUGAUAUGAUGUUGUUCUGUGUUUGAGGGUAGUAAAUAAUUCCAUGGUCACUACACUGAUUCUAUUGGAAAGACAAACAACUUUAAGCAAGUUUAGUUGUGUCCAGGAUGUCUUUGGUUCUGCAGUGAGCUUGUUGGUUCCUUCAUACCGGCGAUCUUGUCCAUGUCUGACCAUCUAUGUUGGAAAGUAAAGUUUGUAUAUUUGAUAAAUAUUUAACUGUUUUA